AUGCGUGAAAUGGGUAUGCCUGCUGAAUAUAUUAAUAAAUUGUACCGAAUGCUGCAGGAUAUCGAACUCAGCAAAGAUAUAAAUAAUUCUUUCAAAAAAGGUAUUGGAAAAAAUAAAAGUGAGAGGAACGAUUUGAUUGAAUCAGUCUCAUUAAAAGUCCUUAAUGCGGGAGCUUGGUCAAGAUUCGGUGAAAAAGUGCAAUUACAAUUGCCUCGGGAACUUGAAGAUAUUUUGCCUGAAGUUGAUGAAUUCUAUCGAAAACAGCAUAAUGGAAGAAAGCUUCAGUGGUUUCACCACUGGUCAUAUGGGACGGUUUCGUUUUCGAAUAAUGUAGGCAAAUUUGAUUUGGAUGUUACAACAUUACAGUUAUCUGUACUGUUUUGUUGGAAUGAUCGCCCACAUGAUCAACUUUCGUUCGAAACACUUCGCAUUGCUACGCAGUUAGCAAAAGCAGACCUAUCGCGAACAUUAUCUUGGCUUGUAGCUUUUCCAAAAAUGAAGCAUCAAAUAUUGUUAACUGAUUGUAAAUCUAUGAAUUUUCGCGAUUUCACCGACUCAACUUUAUUUUGGUUGAACCAACAGUUUGCAAUUUAUAAGAAUGGUAAAGACCACAGUAGAGGCCGAAUAAAUCUGAUUGGUCGUCUACAGUUAUCCAUGGAGCAAAAUAGUCAAGAUGAGCACGAUGAUAUUUUACAAUUAAGGGCUGAAAGGAUUCAAGAAGCCAUUGUUAAAAUCAUGAAAGUUCGUAAGCGUUGUCCAAGCGCUCAGUUGCAGACUGAACUUAUUGAACUUGUCAAAAAUGUAUUUUUACCAUCAAAGCGUCUUUUUAAGGAGCAGAUUGAAUGGUUAAUCGAGAAUAAAUAUAUCGAACGUGAUCCCAACGACUUUAAUGUAUUCUUGUAUGUUAGUUGA